CGCCUCUCCACUGAGGGGAAGCGCGACGACGUCAGUGACUGUGCUCGCGCGUCGCCUCGCGUCCCUGCUUCUAGCCCCGGGCUGAGGGGCCCUGGCCAGCAUGGUGUGGGGGAGCCGCGCGCUGCUCCGGAAGUAUGGCAACUUUAUAGAUGAUCUGAGAAUCUAUGUGAAAGGAGGAACCGGUGGAAUGGGGCAUCCUCGCUUGGGUGGAGAAGGAGGGAGAGGCGGUGAUGUCUGGCUUGUAGCUAAAGAAAAAACUACCUUAAAGAGAAUUAAAAACAGAUUUCCCCAGAAACGCUUUGUAGCUGAAGCAGGAACCAACAGUAGUGUUUCUGCACUGAAAGGUGAAAAGGGAACAGAUUGUGAAGUUGAUGUGCCUCUGGGAAUUUCAGUUACUUCCUGUGAUGGGAAACAGAUUGGGGAACUUAAUAAAGCAGGAGAGAGAAUACUGGUAGCUCGUGGAGGUAUUGGUGGCUGUUUGGUUACAAAUUUCUUGCCUUUGAAAGGCCAGAUACAAAUAGUCCAUCUUGAUUUGAAACUUAUAGCAGAUAUUGGCUUAGUUGGAUUUCCAAUGCAGAAAAUCUCUUUAACUAAGCAAGGUUCUCAUGCAACUCAGAUUGCAGAUUAUCCUUUCACAACAUUAAAACCUGAACUGGGAAAGAUCAUGUAUCCAGAUUACAAGCAGGUCUCAGUAGCCGAUCUUCCAGGAUUGAUUGAAGGUGCACAUGCAAACAAAGGAAUGGGCCACAAAUUCCUCAAGCAUGUAGAAAGAACCAAACAGCUUCUCUUUGUAGUUGAUAUUUCUGGGUUUCGGCUAUCUUCAAAAACUCGAUUCAGAACAGCUUUUGAAACUGUACUGCUUCUAACACAGGAGCUGGAGUUGUACAAAGAAGACCUUCGGACAAAGCCCGCACUUCUUGCCAUUAAUAAAAUGGAUUUGCCUAAUGCACAAGAUAGCUUGAAUGAACUUAUGAAACAACUACAGAAUCCUCAAGACUCUUUACAUUUAGUGGAGAAAGAGCUGAUUCCACAGAGCACCAUAGACUUUAAGGAUAUUAUCCCUGUAUCUGCACAUACUGGAGAAGGAAUAGAGGAACUAAAAACCUGUAUAAGAAAAUCACUAGAUGAAGAAGCAGAGAAGGAGAAUGAAGAAUAUCAGAAAGAGAAACUUCAUAUUUUACAGACUUCAGAAGUAUAACAUAAUUAAAGGAAGGAAUCUGUUUUUGGAUAUUGGAUCAAUCUUUAUGAACAUCUGAGUGGAUGCUAAAUUUGUCUUUUGUCAAAAAUACAGUCCUCAUGAGAUUGAACUCAACUUCAUAGUUCUGACUCUGUGCCACUAUCAAUUGAACCUUCUUGUUUUGAAAGCAAAUCUGGAAUCGUAUCUGACACACAUUGUAAGAAAGGGGAAAUUUAAGAAAACUGUCUAAGAAUGUGAAAUGAAUAAUAUCCUGCAGAUGUACAGUGAAUUUUCUAAGAAACAAAUACAUAGUCUUUUAUACAAGUGGGAUUUUUUUGUUCUUAAACUUAUAGGUAUUUUUUUCUUUCUUACCUACACACACUAAAGCCUUAAAGGAGAGUGCUUGAAAUUGGGAUUUUGCUUGAUAAUAGACUGAGCAUGUAAAAUAGCGUAUUGUCAUGAACACGGUACAUUGUGGAAGAGCUUUAGUGUUUUCUGAAACCCUUUUAGUUUUAAAAGACAAGUGCUAGGAUAAUCACUACACUUAUGUGGCCAUCAACAAACUGCCCAAUUUGUUUCCUAUUUUUAGUGACUUUGACUAUCUAUUUUGGAAGUAGAGAUUGGCCAAAUAAAAGUACUCACAGAAUAUCAA